AAUCUGUGAUCAUGUUGAAACUGUUUAUCACGAAGUGUGUUGUCUUGAUUAUAUUUCUUAUCAAACUCAACGCCAUAGCCGCACAAUUAAAGAAGACGUGGGUAUGUGUUUGUAUGGAGGAACUGUCUUCUAUCCUCGAUGACCCCCUCAUCAUUCAAAAUGCAGGUGAUGGAUCAGAACGGUUAUUCAUUGGUGAACAAAAAGGUGUAGUUCAUGUUUUCAAUAAUAACGGAGUUAAGUCUAAAACACCAUUCUUAAAUAUAACAGAGAACGUUAAGACUGGAGGUGAAAGAGGUUUACUUGGAUUAGCCUUUCAUCCUAAUUUCAAGAAAAAUGGUAGAUUUUUUGUAUACUAUUCCAGUAGAGCAAAACCAAAGAACUCAUCAGAUGACCACGUUACUCGUUUGUGUGAAUUCAGUGUAUCGCGGCAAAAUCCGGGCAUUGCUGAUAAGUCAUCAGAAAAAUUAAUCAUGGAAAUACAACAACCAUUCAGUAACCAUAAUGGAGGAGAGAUUAUAUUUGGAGACGACGGUUUUCUUUAUAUAUUUGUUGGUGAUGGAGGUUCCGCGGGAGAUCCAAGAGGAUUUGCUCAAAACAAAAUGUCCUUGCUAGGAAAGGUUCUGAGAAUAGACAUAAAUAAAAUGGGCAAUAGACGGGGUUAUGCCAUACCGCCAGAUAACCCCUUUAUACAGAAGCGACAGACUUACAGGCCAGAAAUAUAUGCUUACGGUGUCAGAAAUAUCUGGAGAUGCGGAAAGGAAUCAGGUAAAAAGAAUGGAAGAAUAAUGUGUGGUGAUGUUGGUCAAAACAGAUUCGAAGAAGUUGAUUUAAUUCAAAAGGGAGCUAACUAUGGAUGGAAUGAUCGGGAAGGAUUUGAAUGUUUUGAAAAUAAGACGUGCGGGAAAACAGGACCGGAAGUUAAACCUGUAUUUGCCUACCCACACGACAUCGGAAGUUCAGUUAUCGGCGGACAGUUUUACAGCGGCUGUCUAAACUCUAGACUACGCCGGUUUUACAUAUUCGGUGACUAUAUGAGUGGAAAAUUGUUCCGUCUGAUUGAGAAACCCAAGAUAAAUAAAUGGAAUGGACGAGAACUGCGACUUUGUAAUUCAACGCAGUGUUCUUCACCUCUUACUAAUACACAUGAAACUUAUAUUACAUCUUUUGGACUAGACGAAUCAGGAGAAGUAUACAUGGUGGCACGAGGUGGAACGAACGCAGGAAAGCUCUAUAGAAUUGUUGAUCCUGUGAGAAAUGGUGAUCCCAGAAAGUGCAAAGCAGCAAAAGCACUGCAAGAAAAAAUGAAAUACCUCAAACAAGGAUAAGUCAAAACAGCCAAAGUCAGAAGACAAUCCGUAGUUGAACAAAAUUGCUAAUGAAGCGAAAUAACUGG